AUGUCGCUAUCAACAGCGGACGUGGUGGCAGCCUCUCCCCUCUUCCGGAAAAAGUCUAGCACCUAUGUCGACGCCAUCCAUGAUCUACCAGAGAAGGGCGAGCUUGCCCCCGCUCAGCUCUACACCACAGAGUCUGGUCGACUCUUCCACUCUGGGCGUAUAGUAAUAAUCACAGUUGGCUUGCCAGCUAGGGGUAAAACACACAUAUCUGUUGCUCUUGCGAGGUACCUGAGAUGGCUCGGUGUGAAGACGCGGAUAUUCCAUCUAGGGGACUAUCGACGAGCAACUGUUGGGCCUGGUCAGGAUGUUCCGGAUGAUUACUUUUUUGUCAACGCAUCCGCCUCGUCCGUCCUCCUCAGGCAAAAAAUCGUGAAAAAGUGUAGAGAAGACAUUUAUCAUUUUCUAAAGCACGAAAAUGGCCAGAUUGCCAUUUACGACGCUGUGAAUCCAAUUGCUGCUGGUCGUCGAUCGCUAGCUAAGGAAUUCGCAAAGCACGAUAUUGACACGCUAUUCAUUGAAUCGCUGUGUGAUGAUGAGAGAAUAAUCGAAGAAAAUGUGCUAAGUGUUAAGAUAUCUUCUCCGGACUACGUCGGCUGGGACCCGAAGGAUGCUGUGAAAGACUAUCUGGCGCGAAUCUCGGCACGGAUACCGCAGUUUCAAACUAUGAAUGAACCGGAACUAAAUUAUAUCAAGAUGAUCAACGCCGGCGAGCGCAUGAUGAUCAAUAACCGCACAUUCGGCUAUUUGCACCAUCGGAUCGUUUUCUACCUUCUCAAUUUACACAUCAAAUCACGGCAUACGUACUUCGUGCGGGCUGGAACCUCCCGGGACCCAGACUCCUACAAAGCAGACGCACCCCUCUCCGAACAAGGCCUGGACUACGCGCGUAAAAUGACGGAGCGAUUGCUGCAACAUCGCGAAUCAGAGAGGCAGGCGCAGAUUAUUAACCAGGAUGGUGAUGAUACCGAUGCGGAGUUGAAACCACUUAUGGUGUGGACAUCCACUCGGCGCCGGACAGUGGAGACUGCUCAAUUCCUGCUCAAACUGGGCUACAAAAUGUCGAGAGGAGAAUUCGGAUGGAAUAUCCUGACGAAGUUGCGAAGCAUGAGCUGGAUCCAUAAUCAUCAUCGGUACCCGCGGGCCGAGUCGUACCAUGACCUCGCAGUGCGCCUUGAGCCGAUUAUUCUCGAACUUGAACGGGAGCGGAAUGACCUGCUCAUCAUUGCGCAUGAGAGUGUCUUGCGUGUGUUAUAUGGAUAUCUGAUGGCGUGUAAUGCGGCCGACAUUCCGUUUCUGUCAUUUCCGCGCGAUGAGAUUAUUGAGAUCAUCCCAGCAAGCUACAACAACAAGGCAAACCGAAUUCAUAUUCCUGAUCUCCCGCCAGAGAUUAUCCCCGCGUCACCAGAGGGUAUCAAAAUCCCUGUUCCACCGAGUGGAGUUGUAUCACCGAUGCCUGGCUGGUUAGAUGGAUGCGAAAAUAGGAAUAGUAAUGUCGAUGGCGGUGGUGCUGAAGGUAGUGGUCUCGGAACCGCAGGGCUGGGCAUCCCGCGUGGAGCCACUCCAUCAGCUGGGUUUAGGCCGUCGCGAGACGGAGAGAAGAUUUUGCAACAUCAUGCGGAGGAUGUUGUUUAG